CCUUGAUUGAUUUAUGAGAUUACAGUCACAUCAUUAUAUGCUGGGCAAGUGACACAAAUUGGCAUAGUACAAAUAAUUGGUCAGAUUUAAGGUGUGUUUGUGUAAUUUUGGCUGUGAUUUUCAUACUAGUCUUAACAAAAUGGGAUAUCAAUCAUUUGCCAUGCUGGACUGCUUGGAUAAUCUUCGACUCAGGAUUAACAGGCAAUUUCCUUAUGAGCCAGUCGUAAUCGUUGGUGGAACGGCGAUUGCAAUUCAUUUGUUGCACUAUGCAUCUCAAAGGGUGCCAAGCGAUGGUUUCUAUGCAGGUGGAAAGCGAGCCUUGUUUUCCCUUCUGAAAAAGAUUCCUGCUGUCAAGAGAAAAGUGAACGAAGAGGUCGACAAAGCUCAGAAAACUCUGUACAAAGAUAUUGCAAAUUUAUACAAGGAUAAAAAUGGAGAAUGCACCUUCAUAACUAAACUUUCUUCUGAAGGACGCCCAUUAGAAACUGUUCUUGCCAAAGUAGCCGAGUACUUGGAAAUGGGAAACUACGCCUGGAAAAAUGGAACCGUAUCAGGUUCCGUUUAUCACGGUGGGAGUGAACUCACACAACUAAAUUCUGAAGUGUAUGCCAUGUCAACUUGGACAAAUCCACUUCAUCCAGAUGUAUUUCCUGGUGUUGUGAAAAUGGAGAGUGAAGUCGUUAAAAUGGCGGCCAAUCUAUUUAAUGGUGGGCCGAAUACGGUCGGAACGAUCACAUCCGGCGGAUCCGAGUCUAUCAUCUUGGCAAUUAAGGCAUACAGAGAUUACGGUCUCGCCAAGGGUAUCAUACGCCCAGAAAUGGUUGUGCCAGUCACUGCGCACGCUGCCUUUGAGAAAGGAGCUCAACUAAUGCAGAUUAAAAUCAGGAAGGUUCCCAUAACUCAAGAAACUUGGACAGUUGAUGUGAAAUUGAUGGAAAGAAUGAUUAAUGGAAAUACGGUUAUGCUCGUCGGAUCUGCUCCGACGUUUCCGUAUGGCUGUGUAGAUGACAUGAAAGCAAUUGGCGCACUCGGUCUAAAAUAUGAUGUUCCUGUUCACACUGAUGCUUGCUUAGGGGGGUUCCUUCUGGCUUUUAUGCCAUAUGCGGGAUUACCCACUCCUCCAUUUGAUUUCAAGGUCCAUGGUGUCACCAGUAUCUCUGCAGAUACACAUAAAUUUGGGUUUGCUCCGAAGGGUUCGUCUGUCUUGCUGUUUAAUCAUAAGAAAUUUAAACAUUGUCAAUAUUUUGUCACACCCAAUUGGCCCGGUGGAUUAUAUGCGUCGCCUACAAUUGCUGGCUCACGACCAGGGGCAAUAAUUGUUGGAUGUUGGGCAACAAUGUUGCACUUUGGGCUGAACGGUUACACCGAAACUACAAGGAAAAUAGUCACGACUAGAAGAUUUAUCGAAAACAAGUUGCGUCAAAUUACUGGAAUUUAUGUCGUGGGACGUCCAGCUACAAGCGUAAUAGCGUUCGCUUCAAAGGAAUUUAACAUUUUCCGGUUGAUGGAUUUUCUUAAAGCGCAAGGUUGGGUGCUAAGCGCUCUUCAAUUCCCAUCAUGCAUCCAGUUUUCGUUGACAUUCUGUCAAACAGCUCCAGGCGUAGCUGAAAAGUUCGUAGCGGAUGUGCAGCAAGGUGUCGCAGAUAUAUUAAAAAAUCCCUUACCUGAUGACGAAACUAAGGGAACGGCCGCAAUUUACGGAGCAAGUCAAAAAAUUCCCGACCGGACGAUUGUCAGUGAUGUGGCGGCCAUGUUUCUUGACGCCUUAUAUGACACAACCUUGUAGCGAUUACAAAUUAAUUUGAGGCAAUCUAAUCAAGAAUUUUGAACCAAAAAGAAUAAAUGUACGUAAAAAAAUAUAA